GCACUGAGCAGGGGCGGGGCAGGGGCCAGUCAUACCCAGGGAGAGGCACAGCCUGAGGAGCUGGGGUCGGACGCAGGUAGAACCCAGCGUCGCCGCCUCUACGGCGGAGACCCUGGAAGAGAAAUAGACUGCGAACGGGCGGCCGGCCCCGCGCUACCGGCGAGCAGACGGCCAGGCCGGCUUCCGGAGACCCCGGGCCGGCGGGCCGCCGCGAUGUUCCCCAAGGACGCGACGUCCCCCCGGGAGACGACGUGGAAUAUCUCGUUCGCGGGCUGCGGCUUCCUCGGCGUCUACCACAUCGGCGUGGCCUCCUGCCUCCGCGAGCAUGCGCCCUUCCUGGUGGCCAACGCCACGCACAUCUACGGCGCCUCGGCCGGGGCGCUCACGGCCACGGCGCUGGUCACCGGGGCCUGCCUGGGCGAGGCCGGUGCCAACAUCAUCGAGGUGUCUAAGGAGGCCCGGAAGCGGUUCCUGGGCCCGCUGCACCCCUCCUUCAACCUGGUGAAGACCAUCCGCAGCUGCCUGAUGAAGACGCUGCCUGCCGACAGCCAUGAGCGCGCCAGCGGGCGCCUGGGCAUCUCCCUGACCCGCGUCUCGGACGGCGAGAACGUCAUCAUCUACCACUUCAGCUCCAAGGAGGAGCUCAUCCAGGCCAACGUCUGCAGCACCUUCAUCCCCGUGUACUGCGGCCUCAUCCCGCCCAUCCUCCAGGGCGUACGCUACGUGGACGGUGGCAUCUCAGACAACCUGCCGCUCUAUGAGCUCAAGAACACCAUCACCGUGUCCCCCUUCUCGGGCGAGAGUGACAUCUGCCCGCAGGACAGCUCCACCAACAUCCAUGAGCUUCGGGUGACCAACACCAGCAUCCAGUUCAACCUGCGCAACCUGUACCGCCUCUCCAAGGCCCUGUUCCCGCCGGAGCCCAUGGUGCUGCGGGAGAUGUGCAAGCAGGGCUACCGGGACGGCCUGCGCUUCCUGCGGAGGAAUGGCCUCCUGGAUAGGCCCAAUCCCCUGCUGGCACUGCCCCCUGCCAAGCCCCCUGUCCGCCAGGAUGAGGACCAGGAGAAAGCUGUGAUGGUAGUGGAGAGGGCUCUCGUGGAGGAUCACAUCCUGGAACAUCUGCCUGCACGGCUCAAUGAGGCCCUGCUGGAGGCCUGCAUGGAGCCCAAAGACCUGCUGACCACACUCUCCAACAUGCUGCCCGUGCGCCUGGCCACAGCUAUGAUGAUGCCCUACACUCUGCCCCUGGAGAGCGCUGUGUCCUUCACCAUCCGCUUGCUGGAGUGGCUGCCCGACGUGCCCGAGGACAUCCGGUGGAUGAGGGAGCAGACAGGCAGCAUCUGCCAGUACCUGGUGAUGCGUGCCAAGAGGAAGCUGGGCAGCCGCCUGCCCUCCAGGCUGGAGGAGCAGGCGGAGCUGCGCCGCGCCCAGUCGCUGCCCUCUGUCCCGCUGUCCUACGCCGCCUACUGCGAGGCGCUGCCCGGCUGGAUGCGCAGCAACCUCUCCCUGGUGGACACGCUGGCCAAGUGGGAGGAGUGCCAGCGCCAGAUGCUGCUCGGCCUCUUCUGCACCAACGUGGCCUUCCCGCCCGAUGCCCUGCGCAUGCGCACCCCCGCCCCCACCAGCCCCGCGCCCCCGCAGCACCCGCCCCCUUGCUGAGAGCCUGGCUCCCGCCUUCCCAGCCCCCCGGGGUCCCAGUGCUGAGGGCCAGGCCCUCCAGCUUCCCUGCCCCAUGAGGCGGGGCCCUGGGGUCACCUGAGACCCCCUCCCGCCUCCCUCCAUGCCUGGGGGAGAGGGGAGAUGGGGCCUCACUGCUGGGAGAAGGGACUUGGCUGUCAACUCCUCCACAAACCACUCACUUGCUGCACUGAGGAGGCGGGGUGUGCAGCGCCCCUCCCCUCGCCACAGAGGGCCCCUCACCUGUGCCUUAACAUCCACUCCCAGGCCCGCCCUAGGGCAGGGCAGGGGGCCCGGUGGUCCGGGCAGUAUUACUCCCUAGAACUUUGCACCUGCUCCUCCCUCCGCGUUUUUCACUGAAGAAUGCUGAAGAAUGUGUGAAGAAUUAUUUAUUUUCGCUGAAGCAGAUGUAAUAAAGGCCACAGCUCAGCCCCUGCGUCCUCCUUGUAUGUGACCCGCUCUAGCUGACCAGUGUCGGUCCAGCUUCCAUCCCGGCUUCCAAGAGUCCCUUCUGCUGAGGCCAGCAUUCCGGCCUGGGGCCCCUGGGCUGCAGCCCACUCCUCACAUCCAUUUGCCCCCCUUUGCCCUGAGGCCUGCUGGCUGACCCGCGGGUGCAGCUUCCCAAGGGCCAGUGGAAAUAUUUGAGACCAAGAUCCUCGCUGAAUAAAAAACAAAGACGUGUUUACAAAA